AUGUUCUGCCUAGGACACCCACCUGUUCUCCUGGCAAGAAUGCUUAUCCUUAUAGCAUUGUGCAACAGUGCAUUGUGUGGCAGGACUCCUAGCCAACAGGACUACACGUCACCUCCCCAAUAUUCUCUGAACAAGGACUUCUCAGAUGUUCAGUUAUCCGAAAAGUGGCAGGUCCUCGGCCCCUUCCAAUAUGGGACAAGAGAAGCCAUUUGGGGGGCAGAUCCCCUAGAGUACCGGGGCGGAUUUCGAAACGUAUCCUUUGAUGAAGAAGUUGAAUAUAGCAGUCCUCUUUCCACAGACGGAUUCGUGAAAUGGACUCAUGUUAGGGCCAACAUCACGAAUACCAAUGCUGAACAGAGCAGAGCAGAGCUUGCUGUGGCCUUCCCUCAAGUAGAUUGGGGAUUACUUCAGGCUGUCUACGGGUGGUCUGCGUUGCAAUAUCAGGCCUGGACGCGCGGGUAUAUGUACUUGAAUGGGUCCAAAUCAUCAAGCAGUCGCAAUUUUCACGGAAGUUAUCGCAGAGCACCCUUGAUAUUGACUAUUGCCCCCGGGAAGCAUCUUGUCGAAUUGCGGCUUCUCCGUGACGUUCGAGCCCUGGGUGGUCAAGGUGAUCCCACCAUCAAUGUGGCGGUUGAAAUAGAAAUUCGCCACGGCAUGCUAAACAUAGCUGAGCAAAGUCUUUUGAUACCUGAAGCUACAGAUUGGAGACUCGGGAAAAUGGAGACUCCUCUGCGCCUUGCACCACAUCAGACCCGUCCACUAGCUUUCCGAUUUGCUACUGGCAAUCCAUCGGCUUUUGCUGUCCCAAUUGAGAUCCGCUACAGAGCUUUCCAACAUGCAACAAUGUGGAAUCAGACUUUCAUGAGAAUUACGUAUAUGCACCCAGCAGGCAUCGUCUCUUAUGCCAUUCUUCGUCCGCCUCCCUUGCAUCCUUCUUGUGCUCUCAAUCAAACCAACACUUUUUUGCCUUUGAUAAUAGGUCUUCACGGAGCAGGCCUUGAGGCGGAUGAUGUACAAGUGCGCAGGAUGAUGGAUGCCGCGUACGGCAUCUGCGCGUGGAUGCUAUUUCCAAGCGGUGUUACUUCUUGGAGCGGAGAUGACUGGCACACAUGGGGUGUUGCUGAUAUAAAAGCAGCCGUUAAAGCAAUUCCUGACUGGGUGAGAGCUAUUGGCUGGAGCGGUCCUGGAAUUAUGAAUGAUGAAUGGAUGGUUAUAGGACAUUCGAACGGAGGGCAGGGUGUAUGGUUUCUCACGACUCAUUAUCCGGAUAAUGUUGUCGCCGCUGCCCCUGUAUCGGGGUAUACAUCCAUUGAGAAUUAUGUGUCUUAUAAUAUGUGGCGAGAUUCUGAGCCGCUGCUCUCUUCUAUCCUUCAUCAAUCGCGGGCUAGUUUUAAACAUGAACUAUUACUGGCGAAUGCUGUGGGCAUUCCGAUAAUGCAACAACAUGGCUCGCAAGAUAAAAACGUCCCAGCACAUCAUUCACGCCUUAUGCACUCUUUGCUCGAGGAAGUUGACUGGCCAUCUCAAUAUGUCGAGUUGCCAAAUGCAGGCCAUUGGUUUGAUGGUGUGAUGACAACCUCUUCAUUGCUGAAGUUCUACAAAAGCUCGCUAGAAUCAACAAGAAGACAAACCGUCCUCGCAUUUACAAUAUACGUCCCCCACUCUGGAGACAUGGCAUCCAAAGGAGGAUUAUAUGUAGAUCAGCUACAAUCUCCUGAUAGGUUCGGUCGGGUGCAUGUUACAAUUGAUGCGAAAGAAGAGACGUGGCACAUCCAGACACAGAAUAUUCAUCGCUUCCACCUCUCAGCUACAGCGUGCAACUCUAAAAAGCGAUUAACCUUAACCAUAGACGAUACAGCCACCCUCUUCAGAGUCGACCCGGCAAAGUGUGGAUUCACUUGGUACAUAAAGGGCACUGAAGGGAGCUGGAAAUGCUCAGAGCAGAACGGUUGGCAGUCUAUUUCUCAAAGAUACGGGCGUCAGGUGGGUGCAAUGGAUGCUAUAUUGCGCACGAAUGGGACAUUUACGAUAAACGCGUGCUCUGUCAAGAGCGAAGAAAUAGCGCUCCAGAUUAGCCGCAACCUCCUACAAUAUUUUGCUGCUGACUCCUACAUCGCAAGACAUUGCGGUUCAUUUGAUGCAGAACAUCACGGGAAUGCUAUCACCGUCUCGUUAGGGAAUGAACUUCCGGGUUCAGUAUAUUCGUCAUACCCUAUACGUGUUUCUGACGGCCGCAUGACUCUGCAUAUGUGCCUUUCAGUUCCAGGGGGCCUGCAUGGACCGAUGGACCCGGGUUCAAGCAGGAGUUGUGGCCAGUAUACCAUUAACUACGAACGGGCAAUGGGUGCGAUGUUCCUUCGACCCCUGCCUAACGAAGGGUUGGAGUUAGUUGUGUGGGGUACCGAUGUGGAAGGCCUCGAGCAGGCCGCCCGUCUUGUGCCAACACUGACCGGAGCUGGACAACCCGAAUUCGUGGUUCUCGGUGACAACUGUCGCUGGAAGGGCCAUGCGGGCCUUUAUGCUGCUGGCCACUUUGACAAGUUCUGGCAAAUUUCGACCGGGUCUUACAUUGCGAAUGUUGUAUAG